AUGUUUUGGGACAUGCAAAGUACACAGUCGAACAUCGACACACUGCUUAGCAAAGAGGGUCUAACCCUUGGGGAUGUGCUGGAGUACGAAAACGUUCUGCAAGAAUGUAAGAGUCAAAAUCCGAAGCUGUUACAAUACUUAAAUCGCACCGAAGUGUUCGAUGCACUGAUCGAUCUCAUCAUUCAGGAACCGGCCGCCAACGUUGACGAUAAUAUACGCUUCAUGCAUUCCAACACGGCAUGCGAAAUACUUACCAGUGAUGUACCGUCCUUCAAGACGCACCUCGUCGAGAAUCAGAACUUCCUCAACAAGCUGUACAGCUUUCUCACCAAGGAACCGCCGCUCAAUCCCCUUCUGACGUCGUUCUUCUGCAAAACGUUCGGCAUGCUGAUCACGAAGCAGAACGAGCAGGACUACUUUUCCUACAAAUCCGUGUGCCUACAAGUAUUAGAGUUUAUCAAGUCGAAGAAAGGUUUCCUGCCGACGGUACUGAAGCACUUCGGCAACCAGGUCAUCAGCGAUCUGCUCCUCUCGCACAUCACCGACAUCGACGAUACGGAACUCAAGUCGGAACUGCUUCAGUGGCUCAACGAGCAACAACUGGUGGCUGAAAUCAUAGGCUUACUUAAGCAGCGCGGUCAGGUGCAGAAACACUACAACGUGGCCCAGUUUCUGAUAGAGCUCAUCAAGAUCACGCGAUGUAAGCGCCAGAACGAGCGCCAGGACAGAGUUACGGUGGAUCCUAUUUUGAAUACGCUGGAAAACGAUAUUACAACGAAGCUUCUGCUGGAUGUUAUCCUCGAGGAAAACGGCGAAGAAAGUGCAAUUGUGGCAGGAAUACAGAUUAUUUUGCGAUUGCUAGAGAAUACAAUAAUCCAAGAGCCCGUAUCCGACACCGCCCUGCAGAUGGUGAUUGACGCUGAAAAAGAGCAUCACGAUUUGGUCGUGAGUCGAUUGAUCGGCGUUAUCCAGUCACGAGUCGGGGACUUUGUUGGUAUUUUAAACAAUCCACCUCCGAAAGCGGACAUUAUUUCCACCGUCGGCACACUGUCGCCACCGUUGGGAAAUGUGAGACUUCAGAUUUGUAAUUUAUUUACAGUAUUAAUAGAGACGAAAGAUAAAGAGAUUAUCAGGACAAUAUGCGAAACAGAAUACUACAACACGUUGCUCAAACUAUUCAAGCAAUACUGCUGGAACAACUUCCUCCACAGUCGGGUCAGCGUUUGCGUGAACUAUGCGAUCGGAUCGUUCGAUCAAGGUGAAGACGGCACCGGCACCGGUGACGAUGAAAACGGUGCGUCCGAAACCCAAGCGCCGCUGCUUACCUCAACUUUACAGCGAUAUAUUGUCCUGGAUUGCAAGAUCGGUCCGAAACUGAUUGACCUGUAUCUACACGACAACAAGGAAAUGCGUCGGCUCGGCUACAUGGGUCAUCUAAUCGAAAUGCUUGACGCACUGGCCACCAGCAUGAAACUAUCGGAGGAAAUCUGUGCCUUAGUACAAUCCACACUGAAUGAAACCGAGCGUGAACUGUGGUCCACGAUAGCGGGAGGCGACGACAACGAACUGGAGAAAACGUUGGCUGUGCAAAAGAGAUUCCUGGCAAAUUCCGAUCCAUAUCAUCACUGCCCGGAGGGACGAAGCGAGGUCCGAAUGGGAGGUGAUUUCUAUGGCGUUAAUUUCGAACCACCGGAUCAGAGCGAGGUGGAGGAGAUGCUGCAAUCGAUCAGCAGUGCGUUCAGCGAGCUUAAGCUAGGCAUAGAAAACCCGAACGGAGAUGAUCCGUGGGAUAUGUUCGAUCCCAACGACGACAAAGACGAAGCGUUCACCCUGGGCAGAACGUCGGAGCUGCCGGACCUCGGGCUGGAGGACGUCGGUGCGGACAAUGAUGACGCCCCAUUCGGUAGCCACCGGAGCGGUGAACCGUUUGGUGAUCAACUGCACGCCAACAACAACGACGAGGACGAACACAGUGGGGAUCCUUUUGCACCUCUGGCAGAGUCGGCCGAUGCAGCACAAAAGUUAGCUUCCAAUGAGUUGCUCGCGGACGAUAGUUUACUCGGACAAACCGUUGGGUUGGAUUUCAGGUCUACGCUUGUAUCGGCCGGUCUCGAGGAAAGCGAUACCGACACGAGCGAAGCGCAACUGUCCGGUCCGAUGGACCACAACAUCCUGCAGUUCUUGCAAGCGGUCAACGAAGCGGCACCAAACGUGACCGCCACUGCAACCACCACCGCCACCGCUGGCGGGUUAGAGGACAAUUUUGCGGAUUUCGACACAGUCCUGGGGACGACGAGUGAAGGCAGUUCGCUUGUGUUUGGUGAUCCUUCGCUCAACGUUUCACCGUUUGACCCGAUCUUCGAUCUGAGCACAGUGGACAGUGGCAGUGCUGUGAACGGGCCCGCAGAGUUUGACUUUGACAGUGCGGACAUUUUCGAUGCCUUGGCGCAGCAUUGCUCCGACAGUGGCGCGGCUGCGGAAAAAGAUGAACCACAAGCAAAGAACGAGGCAGCUUCGGUGGUGAAGAAUGACGAACCAGCCCGAGAGGUGGCCAAAGAAAUUGGUUCCGCGAGCGUCGAUGAAACCAACGAAGAGAACUCUCAAAGGGAAAACAGGGAAAUCUCGGCUUCAUCCGAAGAGCCGAAAGUAGAGAAUACUGCCGCCGAAGCUACCACUGUCACCUGCCAAGCAGCAGCAGCAGCAGCCGGCGAGUGA